CGCGUGUCCCCUCUGACUGCCCGUACCAUGUGUGUCGUGUUGUGUUUCUCCUGCAGUACAGUGUAAUCUUUCUUCAUGCAGAAAUGCGCCUCAAGAUCACGAGCUUGCACUUCGCUUAAAUCAUCUGCGACAUUAACUACUGUCUCACUAACCAUUAGACUCCAGUUUGACUGGACAUGAUCAGUCGCCACUUUCUGCUCGCUACAACAAGGUUAAAGCGCUGGUCAGGUGUGUUGAAUGCUGGCGUCCCCUCAGAAGUGAUCAAGUGUGUUUCUGAGGUUGGGCUGCGUGUCAUUUCUCAGUCAUCUCGUGCGAUACAGAUCCUCGUAUCUCAGUCACACACACCCAGUGUGAGUGUGUGUCGGGCAGGAGCAUGUGCUGAGGGUCAGGCGAUCAUCAUGGAGGACAACAAUAACAACUCUGUGUCCACACUGACCGCCAGACAACACACGGACACUACCAAGGACGUCAAGACAGUCAAUAAAGCGAAGAAAGAGCCUAGAAAAGCAUCAGGCAAGAAGAAGAAGAAGAAGAAGGAAGAGGAGGAGGAGGCAGAAUGUCUGAUGUGCGAGCUUCCCUUCACAGGCGCCGGUGUCUGGAGAGAUCUGGGCUUCGCCGGCUCAGAAUCCAGCGUGAAGAAGAAGAAGCGUAAGAGAGGAGACGGCAGUCGAGUGGAGAGUGAGGAAGAUGGAGAAAAGAAGAAGAAGAAGGAGGCGGUCGCUCGGCCAAACUACUUCAUCUCAGUGCCAAUCACCAAUCCAGAGAUCAAGCAGGCGGUGCAGGAUAUGCAGAAGCUGGUGCUGGAGAAGGACUCUCGUCUGUCGCGAGCGCUGAUACCUGUGGAGACUCUACACAUUACUCUUCUAGUGGCUCACCUGAAGACACAGGAGCAGGUUGAUCUCGCUGCGUCCACACUCUCAGCGCUGGAGUGUCCUCUGAACACACUGCUGGCGGGACACCGGCUGGUCCUGCCCUUCUGUGGAGUCGGACACUUUAAACAGGAGGUGGCGUUCGUCCAGAUCGCAGAAGGAGAGCAUCUGAACACACUCACGCUCAUCGCAGAGAGUGUGAGGAAGGCGUUUGAGGAGAGAGGCAUCGUGUCUGGAGAUGACAAAGCCUUCAAACCUCAUCUGACGUUUCUCAAACUCUCACGAGCUCCCAAACUACGCAAGCAGGGCGUUAAGAAGCUGGAUCCAGCGCUGUUUUCCGACUUCGAGAGCCGUGUGUUCGGAGACGAGUGUGUGUGUAGAGUGGACCUGUGCUCCAUGCUCAAGAAAAAGACCUCAGAUGGAUACUACCACCGCGAGAAGAGCGUCACGUUCAAAAUCUCUUGCCCUGGAUUCUGGUUGAUUCACUAA